AUGGCCGUUGGUAUGUCUGAUCUAUCUGCCUCCCCAGUUCAUCCCACCUCCCAGAUCUACCCCCGGCACCAUUACCAUCAUCAUCCAUCCACGCUCUCCUCUAUAUCCCCACACCCACCACACCCAGCUACACCUCGACUAACCACCCCACGAGACCCUAAAGACCCAGACGGCGACUCCGAAAUGGCGUCCUCCGUGGACUCCAUCCACGACGACUCCGACGCUGCUCGCGCUGGCGCCCGCACUCCCACCGGCCGCACCCAUUUCUCCUCUGCGGCGGGCGCAUCAGAGCUCUCCCCGCCGGGCUCACAGCCACAGCACAUGUCGCAGUUCCCCGUCGGCGAUUUUGAGGCCGCUCCGGAGACGAUGGGCGCCGGUGCUGGUGCCGCGGCGGGCAAGGGCUCCGAGCCGCCUGUUGCGGCGUGGAAGAGUCGUCGGGCACAGGAGGAUUAUCAGCGCGCUAUGGAGUAUGUGGUCGAUAAGGAGUUUAAUCUGAAUGAAUUCGGAGAUCCCUUUGAUGAGCGGGACUUGGAGCAGAAGUUGCUGUGA